AUGGGCGAGGACAAGCCAGAAGGAGACGGCGAGGAGGUUCCCAUUGAAGUGCCCAUCCAGCCGGGGGAGCCCGUGGCAGCCUUCGAUGCAUCUGUUGAACCCCCAUAUGGAUGGGUCGUCUGCAUCGCCAUGCAUUUGAUCAAUGGCUUUACCUGGGGAAUCAUUGCGUCAUACGGCGUGUACCUAUCGUACUACAUUGAUAAUUCCAUAUUUCCCGGUGCCUCUGAUCUGGACUAUACUUUUAUUGGUGGCGUGAACUUCGCCUGUGCCAUGCUGUGCGGCCCCAUCGUCAACUUGUUUGUCCGGAGGCUUGGGACGCAUAUACCUAUGUACUGCGGCUGCGUCAUGUUUGCGGGCGGCUUCAUUGCUGCCUCCUUUGCCACGGAAUUCUGGCAUCUUAUUCUGACGCAGGGUAUCCUCGUCGGGUUGGGAACAGGCUUCUCAUGGCUACCAGCUACGCCCAUCCUUCCCCAGUGGUUCAACAGAAACAGGAGUUUGGCACAGGGCAUUGCAGCAGCAGGAAGCGGUGUUGGCGGAGUCAUAUUCUCUGCCGCAACAACGCCCAUGAUCCAGAAUCUUUCGCUUGCUUGGUCACUCCGGAUCACGGGCAUUCUCUCAUUUGUGGUACUGUUUACCGCGUGUUCGCUCAUCCGCGACCGAAACCAGACAAUCCGCCCCAGCUUCAAAGCGAUAGACACCAAUCUCCUGAAAAAGUAUCGUGUCUGGUUGCUUAUCUUGUAUACAUUCUUCUCGAUCCUCGGGUAUAUCGUGACAAUCUGUUCUCUAGGUGCAUUCGCAACAUCGCUCGGAUUGACUCAGGAUCAAGGCGGCAUCGUUAUCACCGUCAUGAAUGUCGGAACUGCAUUUGGACGACCUUUCGUCGGCGUGCUUAGCGAUCGAUUCGGCAGGAUGACAGUUGCAGGCAUCUUGACGGCAUCAAACACAGUGCUUGCAUAUGCGAUCUGGAUCCCCACCAACUCUUAUGGCCUGCUCCUCUUCUUUGCCCUUGUGGUGGGCGCUACGAGUGGUGUUUACUGGGGGACCAUUGCACCUCUUUGCGCCGAGGUGGUUGAGCUGAAAGAACUUCCGUCAGCACUCAGUCUGAUGUGGGUGACUGUCUCGAUGCCAGCUUUAUUCUCAGAAGCGAUUGCAUUGGAAAUCCGUCGACCUCGCUCGUCUCGCCCCUAUUUGUGGCCUCAAAUCUAUGCGGGUUUGGUCUUCCUGGUUUCUGGUCUGUUCAUCUUUGAACUCCGCCGGCAGAAAUGGGGUUUCCGCAGAGAGAGGCAUCGAUGA